CCAGACGAAGCAGCAGCCUUGUCGACGCGCAAGACCACGGCAUAACACCUCGAAACGCAUGCGCCGCGCACAACAGCUGCCAUGGCUAAGAAGGCAAAGUCUCGCAUCAUCUCGGUGCGCCUGCUCUCCAUGGCCAUGACGGGCUUCUUCUACACAAUGGCGAGGCCCCGGACGUCGACGCCUAUGAGCAUGCUCAAAUACGAUCCUAUAGUUAGGAGAAAGGUCCUGUUCCUCGAGCAAAAACGCAAAGGCAAAUAAAUCAUGGAUGCCAAUGCAACACCAUCUACGAGCUGGCGAGCUGCCUAUGCUCCUCGUCGUUCCCAUUUAUGGGACUCUCGUGGCGUCACGAACAUGAUACCAUACUUCCAUAGGUGUAUCACACCGAUGGCUCUCUGCAACUCCUCCUAGAUAUCCAUCCAUCCUCCAGUGCUGCCGGAAAGGCCACAAUGGGCAUGGACCGAGGUGGAUGCGCAACCCGCACUCUGUUGCUGCAGAAUGGGUCGGUUUUCCGGGUCGUUAGCGUCUUGAUGUACAUCAGGCAUGUCAUUAUUAGAGUGUAUAACAGAUCCCUAAAGCUCUAGAAACAAAUCUCGCGCCCCUCUGCAAAGGUACCCGACACACCUAGCAAACAAAUCGAAGCAAUCGGGUCUAGGGUAUUCUAGCAAAUUCUCGGACAAAGCUUCGAAAAUAUAGCGACGAACGUUGCAUGGAAGUAAGUGGAGG